UAAUAUAAAUAAGCAGGAAGAGUUACACAUGACUCAAAACACAAAAGCAGAGCGCUAAAAGAAAAUAUAAAUACGAAACUGAGUGAAAUCUCAUUAGACGUUAAUCUUUCUCUCUGAUUCUUCUUCUUCUUCUUCGUCGUCUUGUGCCGACCUAUAAGUACUCUUCUCACUUUCUCUCGUUCGCUUCUCUCUCUCUCUUUGUCUAGUCUAAGAUCGCUAAAGCCGACUUGCAGGGUUUUGCAUCUUCUUUCGAUGGAUGGUACGAUAGGCUCCAAAGGUCUCGUCAAAAAGACCGAGCUCGUUAGGAUAAUGACAGAUGCACUCAUCUCCCUUGGUUUCAACGGCAUCGCUACCGACUUACAGAACCAAUCCGGCGUUAAUCUCCUCGAUCCUACUAUCAGGCACUUUCUCGACGAAGCAAAGCGUAAAGAAUGGAACAGCUGCAUUAAACUAGUGCAGGAGGAGGAGGGAUUACAAGUGCGUGAUGAAAAGGUUGCGAGAUUCUUGCUGCUAGAGCAAAUCUUUCUCGACUUCUUGAAGGAUGAUAACCUUGAUGAUGCACUCAACACUUUACAGGAAGAGAUGACGCCUCUCGGUGUUAAAAGGAGGCGCCUUGAAAAGCUUCCCUCCAAAUUUGUGUUUCCAGAUUCUGGUGAAGAGAGGUUCACUGAGGUUACGAGGAAGGUGCGAAAACUGUUUCCUCCUGCAGCUAUAGUGCCAGAAGGGCGGUUGGUGCGUCUCUUAGAAGAGUCACUUUAUCAUCAGAUGAGGGACUGUGAUUACCAUAAUGCUCCUGAUACUGACAUGUCCCUGUGCUUUGAUCAUUGCUGCUGGAAAUCUAAAAUUCCUUCCAAGACUGUUCAGACAUUGGUGGGACAUACAGAUGAGGUCUGGUUCUUGAAAUUCUCAAAUAAUGGCAAAUGCUUGGCUUCUUCUUCUAAGGAUAACACAGCAAUUAUAUGGGAGAUCAAUGCAGAGGGAGGAGAGUUUUCGAUGAAGCAUAAACUUGAGGGACACGAAAAGCCAGUUGUAGUAGUCUUAUGGAGUCCAGAUGAUCAACAAGUCAUCACAUGUGGAGAAAACGAAGUCAUCAAGCGCUGGGAUGUUGGUUCAGGACAAUGUCUUCAAACCUAUGGAAGAGUUGAUGUUGGUUCCAUUUCUUGCGGAUGGCUUCAUGACGGUUCGGGUAUAAUCGGCGCGAUGGCAGACAGGCGGAUCUACUUGUGGAACUUAGAUGGGACUGAGAUAGAGCACGAGCAAGGGCAAAGGGGACAGAAAAUUUAUGAUGUAGCCAUGACGAGUGAUGGGAAGUGGCUUGUAAGCGUGGGAAGGGAGCAGAAUGAGAUCUCACUGUUUGAUAGAGUGACUAGAGGUGAGACGGUGAUUCAAGUGGAAGGCAUGGUUACCUCGUUCUCGCUUUCGAGAGACGACAAGUAUCUUCUAGUCAAUCUCAUUACACAGGAGAUCCACGUCUGGAUGAUUGAUGGCAGACGCGAACCACGGAGGGUUUACAAGUUCAGUGGCCACAAGCGUAGUAGGUUUGUUAUCAGGUCUUGCUUUGGUGGCUACGAUGACAAUUUCAUCGCCAGUGGGAGUGAGGAUACUCAGGUAUACAUAUGGCACACAGACUUUGAGACGGGACCUUGUUGUGUACUGCCAGGACACGGAGGAGCUGUGAACUGUGUGAGUUGGAACCCCGCUGAUCUUCAUAUGUUGGCCUCAGCGAGUGACGAUAAAACCAUCCGGAUUUGGGGACUUGACUUGGAGUGAUGAUGACUUAGCUGCAAGUUUGAUAUUUCAUUAUGUGCAUAGGAUAUAUACCUUUUAAGUGUGUCUCUUGUUUUCAUUCUUCACCCUCUUGAUGUUUUUUUUCUUCCUUGGAGUACAAUAGAGAUAAGAGCAGAUGUUUGAUUACUAAUAGUGAGACACAGAAGACACAAAAAAAAAUGCAUUUGAGAACAGUUUUGCUCUAAUGUUGAUGCUUCACUUCUUCUCUUAAGAAACUAUUGUUCUCUCUGUCUCUCUUAGUUCAGCAAUGAAAUUUCAGUAGAAUCUUUAUUCGAAGUUGGUCAAAUGUUAGCUUGAAUCGAUCAAAGUCUGUGAGUUUGAGGACCACUUGAAAAGCCCUCGCCACAAGAAGAUCAUGGAGAGAGAUUACGUAGCAAACACUCCACAUUUAUACUCAUUUUACUAUAUCAGGGCUUAAACAUAUAUAUGGGCCUUAAACUGACAAGAGAUGAAACGUUACAAAAAGGCCCAUAGAAUAUACAUUCAAGAAACCUAAUUUCAGGCCUCUACUGUGUUAAUACUUAGUAAAUUUGUUUUGGAUCAAAUAUGCUCUUUUUUUUGUGCAAAGAUCAAAUAUACUCUAUAUACUUUAAAUAAUGAUGUGUGUGUACCAGCUGCAACAAGUAGAUCUCACCAUUUUUAGACAGCUUAGUCUGUACUCUAUAGUAAUACACGGAUCAAGACGACUUAAUUCCUAAAUAUAUAAACAUAGUUGCUUACUUUAAUUUAAAUGAAAAAAAAGAAGAUAUGUUUAACCCUUUGCGUUUCCACACAUGAAAGCACUUACUAAUUUAAGAUUUUUUAAAAAUUAAAAAGGAAGAAUACAAAACAAUAUUAUCCACAAGUAAAUUAUUGACCAUUAUUUUGACUUUAUGUAUGAGUAGCAAACACCACACCACGUGGUUGGCAACAGCUUGGCCCUGUAACGGAAAACAACUUCAAAUGAGAUGUAUCUCUUAAGUUAUGGGUUCAUACAUUUUCUCAUCAAAACCUUAAAUUAUAUGACAUGUAUAUUAUAUAGUUUUGACAAUUGAACCCAUUGCUAUUUAUUAGAACAUGAAGAAUGGUUAUGAAUGAACAAGUGUGUCACGUGAUGGGCCGGCUUAGAAGCUCCAAAUGUAAUUUAGUUUACUUAUAUAUAAUUAGUAACUUAGCGAGUUAGUUAUGGACCUUAUGGUCGGUUGACAACUACUGAUACACAUGCAUACUGAAUUAAUUUAUAACUAAUCGAAACGUUCAAUGUGGUUUGUCUCUAUUUAACCGACCUCGACCAUGCCGCGUACAAACACAAGAAGACAUCAAAAAGAUAAAAUCACUACAGUAUUAUUAUAAAUACCAUUUACAAUCAUUUAAAAUUAAUAUCACUAUUAUGAGCAUAAUAUAAUCAAAUUGG